AAAAUAAAGAAAUAAAAAUAAAUUUUUAAAAGUCCUCCUGCUUCACAUACUGUAUCACUGUCUGAAUAAAGAGUUGGGGGAACAGAGUGUACAGCCCACCCUCCAGUCACAGGAAGCUCCUGCAAAUGUUCCUGCCAAAGGGUGAACUGCAUCUGAUAUUUUGACACUUUUUUGAAACAUAAGCAGUGGUGGCUACAUAGAUCAACUGUGGGCAACUUCUUAGAGCCUGGAUUCUCAAAAAGGAGCAGAAAGGGUGCAUGGAAGCAUUGCCUAGAAAACAGCCUUCUCAAGCUUAAAGCUCCUCCAGACCUCAUGACCCAGGACCCACUCACAAUACUCCUGGACUUUUCUGGAAACUUCUUUUAUGCCUCUUGCCAAAACCUGGUGAUCAGUAGUGUCUUAAAUCCUAUGCCCUCCAUUACUCUCUCACUUCCCCUAUAGACCUCAGUGCCUGUGCUUCCUGGGCCAUCCCAUAAAAGAAGAGUCCAAUAUUACUAUUGAACUAUGUGUAGGCAAGAGACACAAACUGUACUUCAUUUCAGCCAUUAUUUCAUGUAGGCCCUCUAUUACACCAAUUUAUUCUAUCUUAACUAGUAACACAGUUUAAGCAUAACGAAACUUUUUUCUCUUUGGCAAUCCUUAUAUUCUGGAUUGGGUGACUGAUGGAGAUGCAGCUCAAAAGAGACUCUUAUUCCCUGCCUGACUUCAUGGGGGCCUUCUUGGCACAGAAGAACACUAGGUUUCUUAUUCAUCUCUAACAAAUUUCUUCUGUGGCCUUGGGUGGAGCCUCUCUCUGCAGAGUAGAGUAAUACUAGUGUACUGAAAGCUUAAAAUGAAAGCAGACACUUAAUUGACUGGUUUUUAUUUCCUAUAAGCAGGAGGGUGGACUUACUUAAGUACUAUAGCAUAAGUCAGAUAAGAAUUCAAGCCACUAGGAAUAAGUAUAAUAUAGUUACAUCAAAUCUCUACAGUGGAAAAUUAUUUCUAAAAUAUUUGAAGAGAUAUAGAUAAGCUAUGUAAGAUUGCAGUGUAGCUCAGUGGUGAAGCACAUGCCCAGCAUGCCGAAGGCCCUGGGCUGCAUCUCCACCACUCUAAGAAAAAGAGCCCUGUAGAGAUGAGAGGCAAAAUGAAGUUAAGUUUAGAGAGGUAGGGAGGAGAAGUGGAUUCAGAAACACCAACUAGCCUUGUAAUAGGCAUGCAUGGGAGGUGCUUGGGUUCCUGCCAGGUCCUCUUAAAUUGAAAUAUACAGAAAAAGACAGUGCCUGCCUGCAUCCACUGAGGCUCUUUCUCUUCUCUUCAAAGCUGUGCCUGGUCAAGCCAAGCUGCUUUUGGCCAGAAAUUACCUGCUCGUCUAGUGGCACCAUGAACACUGUGCUAUUUCUCCAGUUCCUGCUGGUUCUCAGCCUCAUGCUGCAGCUUGUGCCUGGGAGUCCCAGGCAGCGCUUUCUGAAGUACAUCUUGGAACCUCCAACCUGCAUAUCAGAUAAUAAGGGCUGCUACAUUUAUUGUACACCUGAGGGAUGGUGUCCACCUGGAUUCCAGUGUUGUACUGCCUACUGUGGGAUAAUCUGUUCAAAAAACAAACCAAAGCGCAAAAAAGAUAAAGAUGAGGAAUUCAGGCAGCAAAAUAUCUGAUAAUCGAGACAUCUUCCUCAGAGCAUUUAUUCCAUGUUAAAUAACUGAAGUUAAUGUAGACAAGUGCAGUUUCUCUGAUCUUAAAAUAUCAUCCUACAAGAAAACAAGUCAUAGUCAUGGGAAGUACUGCUUUUUUGGAAGAGAAUGUGAUUAACUCUCACAAUGAAAGAUCUAAUUUGUCAGCAAUCCCAAAUCCUCUGCUAAGCCUCUGUGACUGUAAAAAAGCUCUGCCUCUAAAUGGUGUGAUAAUCUAGUCCCAUAAUUUUGCUUUUCUUCCAAUUGCAUUGCCUCCAGUGAACUUUUCCAAGAUAAAUUUAUCACAAGCCCAUUCCCACACAUCUCUUCUCUGAGAUCCUUCAAAUCUGGCUAACUACUUCAUGAUUUGUAACCCAAAAGGAAAGACUGUUCAGAAAAAUCAAUAUUCAGGGCAGGGGAGAUGGCUCAGUAGAAUAAGUGCUUCCCUGGCAAGCACAAAGGUCUGAGUUCAAUCCCCGGUUC